AUGUAGCAGAAACUUUCCACGGCUUCUCCCGCGGGGAUGCGACCAGGAACCAACACUGGAGGGAAGAAAGUUAAGAGACAGCAGUGCUCCACGGAGGGAGUAGCCUAAAAUGUGGAUGAACUGAUAUUUUCUCCACUAUCCGGGCCGGUUAAUUACUCAACUUGAAGAACCGAGCAGACUUCGCUUUUUGGGGGGGCGGAAAAUGGCCGUUCGUGGCAACUCGCUGAUGCCUUUCUCAAUCCAAGCCAUCCUGAACAAAAAGGACGAUAGCAGACACUUGCCAGAUUUGGACAUGUGCUUCUCCAAGACGGCGUGCUGGAAAAUAUUUGGGGAGAUGAACGGCGGGUCUCGAAGAGGUGAUGGGGAGGCUUGUGUGCCGACGGACCAGAAAAGCUACGACUCGGACUCGGGACUCAGCGACGACAACGACAGCAAGAUUCCGCCCGUGUGCAAGUCGGAGAAGGACGGGGACCCUGCUUCGGAUGUGCCGGAAGAAAGUUUGCUGGAGGAGACGGACCAUGAGUCUGCGACUGCGGAAAACGCAAAGAGCGACAGUGAGCCUAAUAAUGCUACGGACUCCAGCACCCUGGACGAGAAGAGCCUGGAGCAGCCCAAACAGCGGAAAAAGCGUUCCAGGGCCGCAUUCUCUCAUGCGCAGGUCUUCGAGCUGGAGCGCCGCUUCAACCACCAGCGGUACCUGUCCGGGCCGGAGCGGGCAGACCUGGCGGCCUCCCUGAAGCUCACAGAGACUCAAGUCAAGAUCUGGUUCCAGAACCGCCGGUACAAGACGAAACGCCGCCAGAUGGCCGCCGACCUGAUGGCGUCAACCCCGGCCGCCAAGAAGGUGGCGGUGAAAGUUUUGGUGCGGGACGACCAGAGACAGUACAGCCCGGGAGAGAUCCUUCGGCCCCCGCUGCUCUCUCUCCAGCCAUCCUACUAUUACCCUUACGCCUACUGCCUCCCUGCAUGGACACUCUCUGCAUGUGCGGGGAAUCAGUGAGAACUCGGUGGCUGUAUUUAUUCAUUUUAUUAUAUUUUUAUAUUAUUUUGCUUCCGGGAAAUUAAACUAUGUGGUUUUUUAUGACAAGAGGAGGAGACCUGA